CAUCUACAUCUUAGCUCGGACGCCGACAAGCUGUGGGACAAGUAAAGGUGAAAUAAAGAGUAAAGUACUUUUAAAUAAAAGGGAACCAUCAAUGGCUGAUUCAGAUGAUGAAUACGAUCGCAAACGGCGUGAUAAAUUUCGUGGCGAGCGCGACAGCUACCGUCCCGAACGCAGGGACGAGCGUCGACCCAUGGGCGGUGCUUCUAACUCACGUGACGAGUGGUCGGAGCGCAAUCCGUUUCGCGGCAGCUCGACAGCAGGUGGCGGUGGUGGCGGCGGCGGGGCACGUCAUCGCCCAGAUUAUAGUGACUAUCGAGGCUCUGGACCACGUCCACGGUACGGCUCACCGGGGCGGGAGAUGCCGCCAGCGAAGCGCAUGCGACCCGACUGGGGUGACAGCGAGAUGAGGUCCAAUCCGCGUUUUGGCUAUGACCCGUAUCUGGUACAGGCCUGGAAUGAUCAUUAUCAGUCACUGCACUCAGCUUACUCCCAUGCAGGUCACGGGUCGUCUGUUCGAGAAACAGUGCCUGCUGGAGGCGGGGACACAUUGACGCAGCCGGCAAUGCUAACUCUGAAGCAAUUUCUGGACACGCAGGACGAGAACAUAUCUGACUCCGAAGUGAUGCGUAAAUACACCGAAUACAAGACUGACUUUAAAAGACAGCAGCUAAACGAGUUCUUUGUGGCGCACAAGGACGAGGAAUGGUUCAAAAACAAAUACCAUCCAGAAGACAGCGUGCGACGGAGUGAAGAACAGCGGGGAUUUUUAAAGCGACGAACAGAAGUAUUUCUGGAAUUACUGGAGAACGGCACCAUUAGCAGCGUCAAAGUUGACUCUUCGCAGGCUGAUGCUUUGGUGCGAGUUUUGGAUACUUGUGUAAUCAAACUAGAGGGUGGCACUGAUGAGGAUCUUAAGGUUCUUGACGAAAAGCCCAAAGAUCCGUCGAUCGUUUACGAGCGCAAAUCAGAAACAACUGAAUCAACUAUCGUAGCAAAACGGGAGCCUGAGAUUUCAAAAGCGGAGAAAGAUGACGUCUUGCUAGGGGCUCAAUCCCCACAACAUAAAAGCUUAAGGCCCGUUAACCUUGACGAGGAGAAUUGGGAUGAAGAUGAACCCAUGGAAGUGCAGAGAGGCAAAGUCGGCGAAAAGUCCAUUGAUGGACGAAGUAAAGAACCAGAGGAGGAAGAAUCAGUUAUAAAUGACAAUGAGAAAAAUCUAAAAAAAAAGAAAAUUAAGAAACGAAAACGGAACAGCAGCGACGAUGACAGCUCAUCUUCUUCUAGCUCCGAUUCCGACACGGAAUCAGACGAUGAAAAGGUCAAAGCUAAAUACGAUGUAGAAGAGGGGUUGCGCGCUGAUCAGAAAGCGGAGGCACAAAAAGACAGAGAGAACUCUGCCAUAGCAGCUAAAGAAAUGUUACUGCCACCCGAAAGUCCCCAGGCUGACGACGUGGAAGAUCCUAAAGAGGCAGUAGAAAUCAAAAGUGAAGCCAGUGAGGAACCCAAAGAGGACAAAAUUGAGCAACGAGUAGAACAAACUGAGCAUGCUACGGCAGGCAAUCCAGGAGAAAAGAAUGGCGAAGAGAAGGAAGCGAAAACCGAAGACAGGUCCGAAGCGGACAUUCAAGAAUCAACAGCAAAUGAAGUGACCGAAACAAUCGAUCUGGACAAGGUUAAGGAUGGGCCACAUCCACGAGCACUGCAUCGCACCUCGUCAAUUUUUCUGCGAAAUUUGGCGCCGUCAAUCACCAAGGCAGAGAUCGAAGCUAUUUGCAAACGCUUCAGUGGUUAUCUACGCGUAGCCAUUGCUGAUCCCCUCGUCGAGCGACGCUGGUACCGCCGCGGGUGGAUCACGUUUACUCGAGACGUCAACAUCAAAGAGAUAUGCUGGAGCCUGAACAAUCAACGUCUGCGCGACUGCGAAAUGGGCGCCAUAGUCAACCGGGAUUUGAGCAGACGAGUUCGACCUGCCAAUGGUAUCACUGCGCAUAAGCAGAUUGUGCGCGCAGACAUUAAACUGUGCGCAAAAAUUGCUAUGAAUCUAGAUGAUCGAUUUAAGCUGUGGUGCGACUCGACUCGUUCAGAUGUUGAGGCAGUGGAGAACAAAACUGGCCAAGAGGCUACCAAUGGUAGCGGUAUCAGUAACUCGCCAUCGUAUGGGUUCAAUUCCAAGAAUCCGGUGCUUCAGAACAUAACCGAUUACCUCAUUGAGGAAGCCUCAGCCGAGGAAGAGGAGCUGCUUGGCCUUUCCGGCGAUAAUAAGGACAGCGAGGGCGAACCCAUCGAGCGGGACGAGUCACUUAUCUCUGUUCUCGAUCGCUUGGUGCUUUACUUACGAAUUGUGCACUCGGUAGACUACUACAAUCACUGCGAGUACCCAUACGAGGAUGAAAUGCCUAACCGCUGUGGCAUUAUACAUGCCCGUGGACCAGCCCCCAUGCGCGUGACUAGCAACGAUGUCCAGGAAUACAUCAAAGCAUACGAUGGCAAGCUGCAACAGUUCUUGACCAAGACUGUGCAACUGAGCGAUGAGGAGAUUAAAGAGCUGGGCGCCAAAGAUCCAGAAGCCGAGGUGGAAAAAUUCGUUCAAGCCAACACACAGGAACUGGCCAAGGAUAAAUGGCUGUGUCCGCUUUCGGGCAAGAAGUUCAAGGGUCCAGAAUUCAUACGUAAACACAUCUUCAACAAGCACGAGGAAAAAGUCGAAGAGGUGCGUAAGGAGGUGCAAUAUUUUAACAACUAUUUGCGGGAUCCCAAACGGCCGCAGCUACCGGAACAUCCAGGUAGUUCCAAACGCACCGAAUCCGAAUCAGGCCGUGGUUCAGGGUAUCGGCCACCCGUGUAUCCGCCAUUUUCAGCCAUGCCGUAUGGAUUUGCACCGCCCAUGAUGGGCGGCGGUGGAGGACGAGGUGGACGCAAUUUCCCACCUGUACGCAGAGAAAUGCCCUUGGAACACCAACGCCGGAUUAUCGGUUACCAUGAUUUGGAUGCGCCUAUUAAUUCCGAUAUGUUUGACUAAUUAAUUAAUUGAUUGAUUAGCACAGAACGCAGAAACCACACACAGUUAACGCAUAUUUUCAAGCAUAGUUCUAUAAAGCAAUUAAGCUAAUUCCUAGCCAAUGGGGACAA